AUGAACCAAUCGACUAGACGAAAGGAUAGUAACGGAAGUUAUGAUGGACACGCUGCGAACGAUAAUACUCAUGCUGAAGAACAACCCACUGCAAGAACCGCUUUAGAAUCCACGUUUUUUGAAGAAUGGAAGGAUCAUCAUGAGGAAGUUGAAGACAGUAGCGUCAUAACGUUUGAUCUUAUGACCAGAAAUGCAUUACAUUUGAAAGACGAAGAGUCCGGAUCUUUUAGGUCUUAUUGUGCCUCGCCAACGACAUCUCGUUCAUCCUUAAGAACGAGCUCAAGGCUAUCAGAAGUGCAGAUUCAUGAAACCGGAAAUUCACGAUAUGAAAGAGUGCUGGAAGAGCUUACGAUCAAUAAAUUGAACAUUUCUUCUCUUGGCGUAGUUGGGAGAAAUAAAGAAAAAUGGGUUCUUCAAAAUUGCUUUGAACGAUUAUGCCAAGGCAAGGAUGGGGAGUAUGUCCAUGAAUUGGUAUUGAUCAAGGGGUACAGCGGAAUCGGAAAGUCAGUACUGGCACGGACGAUACAAAAAAAGGUUGAAACUUCCAGCGGCGUCUACGUAGAGGGCAAGUACGAAUUCACCUCAACUGAUGAGCCUUAUUCCGGCAUAUCGCAAGCCUUUGGCAAAUUGUGCAACAAAUUCAAAGAUUGCCCUUCCGAAACACGGAAUAAAAUAUCAAGCGCAAUCAAGGAGAAUCUGAGGGAAGAGGCCUUCAUGCUGAUGGGAAUGAUUCCUGAAAUCAGUGUCUUUCUCGAUUGUGACGAAUCGCGUUCAACAGGCCUUGGCUGCAUCACCAUUCCUGGAGGAAGAGAGCACGAACGAUGGAAGUAUGCCUUUCGGACAUUCACUCGAAUCCUUGGGUCACACUUUUCUCCCAUCGUGAUGGUACUGGACGAUCUUCAGUGGGCUGAUAUAUCAUCACUCGACAUUCUGGAUCACUUAUUGUCCGACUUUCAGAACCCACAUCUUCUUAUGAUAGUCGGCUGCUAUCGAUCAAAUGAAGUCGAUGAAAAUAGUAUCCUUUUCAAUCGGAUACAAACACUGGAAGGAAAGUGCCAAAAAGGCAUCUUUCGUCUCACUGACAUUGAGCUUCAAAACUGUGACGUCGAUUCAGUGAACAAGAUUAUCAUGUCAAUGAUGGAUAUCGAUGACGAGUCAGAGACCCGAGAAUUGGCUGAAGUUUGCUUCAAGCGCACGCUAGGCAAUCCAUUCUUCUUAAUCGAAUUCAUGAGAAUGCUCCAUAGUGAAGGCUGUCUCGAAUUUAGUCUAGGAUUGUUGAAAUGGAAAUGGGAGGUAGCGAAGAUCGAAAAUAUGACCAUGUCCACAGACAAUGUUGUGGAUCUCCUCAAAAGUCGAAUGAGCAAAUUAUCAAAUAAUGUGCAGCUACUCUUGCAGUAUGCAGCAUGUCUGGGGGCGUCUUUCUCUAUUUCCAUUCUGGAGUUCGUUUGGAACGAAUACUCCAGGGCGUUACGGUUUGGUGCGGAAGGUGGCAAUGUUGAAAGCAUGAUGAAGACUGCGCAGAACGUGCAACUCGUGGAAUCAUGUGGUGCGGGUGAACUACGCUGGGUGCACGACAAAGUUCAAGAGGCUGCCCUGUCCCUGUCAAACUUGGUCACCCCUUCAUUCCGAUGUAGCAUUGGUAUGUUUUUGUUUCAUGGUCUGGAUCCGAUACAGCUUGAAAAGCAGGUAUUUGAAGUGGCAGACCUUGUCAACAAAGGAGGCGUCACUGGGUUAUUAGAUGUUGCAGUGCUGAAUCUUCAGGCCGCCGAGAAGGCACGCAAAAUAGCAGCCCUGCAGAGUGCCGCAAAGUAUGCGGAGUUUGGAAUCGCGCAGCUUCCCAUGGGAAAGUGGAAACUACACCGAGGGCUUACGUUACAGCUUUAUUCUCUUGGUGCCGAAGUGGAGUAUGCCCUCGGGCACAUUAACAAGGCGGAAGAGUACAUUGCGAUUAUUCUGAAUCGAGAGGACUUGACGGCUAUGGAAACACUGCCGUUGAAAAAGAUGAAAGCUCAGAUCCUAGCGACAGCUCAUUUGCGAUGGCAUGAAGCUUGUGAUUAUGGUCUUGUCAUUUUGAAGGAUCUUGGAUACAACUUCGUGUGGAGUCGUGCUUUGGUUCCUGUGCAAAUGUUAAUGGCCAUAAAGAAUCUCGCCAAACGAGUGAAGAAAGUCAAGGUCGAAGAUGUGGAGAAUAUGAAGGUCAUUAAAGACGAGAAGCAACGUGCCAUCAUCGAUAUACUGAAGCUUAUGAAGCAUCUUACGUACAGUGCCAAUACACUCCCACUUUGUUUUCUUUGUGUCUGCAAAGUGAUUGAAAUGACACUGGAUCAUGGCCUCAGUCUGUGCUCUGCAGAUUGCUUCGCGACUUUUGGCGGUGUACUGAUGUUUCUUUUCAAGGAUCAUGCAGCAGCUUCCCACGUCUGUGAUUUGGCUUUUGCCUUUCAGAACAGAAGCGGACGGCGGCAUAUUGCUGAUACUAUGCACGGCGCAUGGGCUUUUGUUCUGGUGCAAACCAAACCCCUACAUGAAGGCCUCCAUCUGACGAUGAAAGGAUACUCCGAAGGAGUAAGAGACGGUGAUCCUUUGGAUUCUACCAAUUGUCUCAUCAAUCGUUUCGUGCUGCUUCCGUACAUGAUGGGCCGUUCGCUUGAGUCAAUCAUUGAGCAAUUUCCAAAGAUAGCUCCACAGUUGGAAGAAUCUGGAAUCACAAACAACAUACUCACAUUGAAGGUUUGGUGGCAAAUGAUGCUGAAUCUGCAAUUACCGUCAGUGAGGACCGCGACAAGACUGGAAGGAGAGAAGUUCCGUCAAUCUGAGGAGAAAGCUGAAAGCAACAUGUAUAUUGGUAAUGUGAAUCUUGCGAUUGGUGAAUUAUUGCUAUUCUUUGGGGAACACGAGGAACGGGCAAAGCGUCUACUCGGGGAAGAGAAGGGAAAGACGUAUUCAGAGCUUGUUCAGGGAUAUCCUCCGCACGGGAUCGAGACGUUCCAUCGUGGCAUCACCUGGUAUGCCAUGGCUCGAAAGACUGGCAAACGAAAGUACCAGUGCAGGGCCGCCAAAGUGAGAAAGGAGAUUACAAAAUGGGUGAAAAAGGGAAACCCAAACGCAAAGGAUUAUGAUCUUUUCCUGAGAGCAGAGCAGGCAGUAUUGGACAAGAAAUACGACAAGGCAAACACAUUUUACAAAAAGGCAAUUGUUCAUGCUGCUCGGAUAGGUCACCUUUCCCACGUUGCAUUGUACAACGAGAGGUUUGCUGAGUAUCGACUUGAGGUACACGGAGACGGGGACGACUACGAGUACUAUAUGACAGAAGCUAUGCGGUAUUAUGCUGAAUGGGGUGCGCACGGCAAGGGCGAUCUGUUGAAACACGAACUUUACAAAAUUCAUGAUGCUUGA